CCAUGACGGCCGAGGCGCCUCUGACAAACGGACGGUGCACUGACCGGUCGAGCCGGGCCAUCACGCCAGCAUCUAUCAUAUCGCUGCAGUCAGCCACCCAGACAAUCAGGACAAAGCACCCAUGACCAAGGCAGGCAUCAUUUGCAGCUCCAUCCUUUACCCACACCCGCCCACUGACGGUUCUGAUUCGCGUGACCCAGAGGCGCCCUUGAUUCGGGUCGUGAUGGUGUGCAUGAGGUAGGACGAGAAUGACGCCUCGAUCACGUCUUCGUCCAGAACGUGGUCUUGAGCCUGGAGGAAGACGUUGAUGCGGUGGGCCACGAUGGGGUUGUGCGGGUCGGUGUGCUGCUGGAACCGGUGGUCGACGGGGAGGGGCGGGGCCAGGCGGAUCUGGAAGGCCUCCUCGUCCUUGAUGGCACGCAGGCCGCAGCUGGCGUCGUCGAAGAGCUCGAACCGGCCCAGCUCGCCAAAGUCGACACGCCUGCCCACCAUCUUCCACAGCGCCACCACACGGGGCUCAGCUAGAAAAGCCUGUGGACGCAAUAACAGAUCAAACAAAUGCCUCCCGCCCUCCCUGCCUCCCUCCCUGCCUCCCUCGAUGGUGCAUUGCACCACCAGAUGACAUACUUGCUUGGUGCGAUGCCUCUGGAGGUCCUCGCGAGUGAUGAUGGCCGGCAGCUGGCAGAACGCGCACUGGCUGGCGAGUCGCAGGGCGUCUGCCGCCUCGUCCCACCGCUGGUGCUCGACCAGCCACAUGGCCUUGAGCGCCUCGGCGCCUUCCAGACCGUCGUGGGGGUCACCGAAUGACACGACAGAGUCCAGCCGUGUGCCGUCGUCGAGGUGCUUGGCCCGCAGCGCUCGGGUGAGCCGCUCGUUGAGGAGGCCAGGCGGGCUGUCGACGAGGAAGAGACCCGCUAAGCGAAUGCUGCCGAGGUCCGCCAUGCUGUACAGGGCAUCGCGCUGGUCUUCGCGAUGAAUGAAAUCCAGGCACUGGCCACGGAACGAAGGCCAAGCCCUGUCGGCGCUCCUGCUCUGCGCGUUUCCCAUCAGUCGGGUGAUCAGGAGCUGUCUUUCUAACCUCUA